AUGUCGCAGCCCCCAGCAACCGCGGCGACCGGUAUCUCCACCCCUCAGGUUGUCCAACCUAGCAUCUCCCACGUAGCAGUCAAGAUCCCGCCAUUUUGGAGUUCAAAUCCGGCUGUUUGGUUUUCCCAGGUGGAAUGCCAGUUCCACCUCGCAGGUAUUACCAGCCAAUCCACCAAGUACUUUCACGUCGCCGCAGCACUACCUCCCGAAGUGGCCAACGAAGUCUCUGACAUUCUCUGUGCCCCGUUGUCCACUGACCCUUACGACACUCUGAAGAAGGCGCUUAUCGAGAGAACAACCGCUUCGGAACGUAAACGUCUGCAGCAACUGCUGUCCGCUGAAGACCUUGGCGACAGGAGACCAUCCCAACUCCUUCGACACAUGCAGAAUCUCCUUGGAACCAGGGCUUCAACCAUUGACGAACCCCUCCUGAAAGAAAUGUUCCUGCAGCGACUCCCGCCCACCGUGCAGAUGCUGCUUGCAACUGCUACAAAUCUGCCAAUAGUCGACUUGGCGGCGCACGCCGAUAAGAUCAUGGAAGUGACUGUCCCCACCAUCGCCUCUGUUAAGGCCUUCGACGCCACUUCGCCCAACGUCAUGCCACCGAUACCAUGUACUAACACGGCCCAUGUCAACCCUAACCAAGGUUUGCCUCAAAACGCUCCCGACAGCCUCGAAAGCCUGCGGGCGGAGGUUCACCAGAUGUCAUCGCUCCUCGCAGCCGUCCUUCCGCAUCAAGAUUCCCCGGCCGCCUCCGCCCCACACGAUUCCCCGGCCGCCUCCGCCCCACACGCGCCACGAUUUCUGCUUUUACCACUGGUCUUUCGGCGCCAGCGCACGCAACUGUCAACCUCCCUGUGCCUGGCCGGGAAACCGCCCAGGGAAUCGCUAGCGGCCACGUGCGGUUCCCCUCCCUCCCCCACGCCCAGUCGCCUCCUGUACAUAACCGACCCAGCUUCCAAACGCCGUUUUCUAGUCGACACCGGUGCUGAGGUCAGCCUACUACCUGCCACACGGGCAGAAAGACUGGGCCACCCACUCUAUCAUCUUGCUGCCGCAAACGGUACCGGAAUCCCUGUGUACGGCGAGCGCUCCCUCACACUUUCCCUAGGCCUUCGUCGUACCUUCAGAUGGAUUUUUCGCAUGGCAGGGAUCACCCACAACAUCCUGGGAGCAGAUUUCCUCCACCAUUUUGGCCUCCUCGUCGAUCUUCAUCGCAGAACGCUGUGUGACUCUACGACUCGCUUACACACCCCUACGCUCCGCUGUGUUCAGCAUCCUAUACCAGCUGCGCCCCAUCACAUGAUUUCCUCGCUCGAGACGCCUUUCGCUGACAUCGUGCGCGAAUUUCCGUCACUCAUGAAGCCUCCCGACUGGACCCAACCCGUCGGUCAUGACGUCGUCCACCACAUACAAACUACAGGCCCUCCAGUGCACUUCCGUCCUCGACGGCUUGCCCCGGAGAAAUUCAAGAUCGCUCAGGCUGAAUUCGAACACAUGCUUGACAUCGGAAUCGCUCGCCCAUCCAAAAGCGAUUGGGCCACCCCGCUUCAUAUGGUUCCCAAAAAGACUGGGGAUUGGCGUCCCUGUGGCGACUAUAGGGCCCUCAACAGCAUCACGAAGCCCGACAGGUAUCCCCUACCAAAUAUCCAAGAUUUCACCAACAACCUGGCCGGGGCCACCUGUUUCAGCAAGAUCGACCUGGUAAAAGCUUACCAUCAGAUUCCUAUGGCCCCGGAAGACAUCCCCAAGACAGCAAUCGUUACACCAUUUGGACUCUACGAGUUCCUCAGGAUGCCGUUCGGACUCAAAAACGCAGCCCAAACCUUUCAGAGGUUUAUUGAUACCGUUCUACGAGGCCUUCCGUUUGCGUUCGCUUAUAUCGAUGAUAUAUUAGUAGCCAGCACGAACGAAGCUCAGCAUGCAGACCACCUACGCCAAGUUUUCACCCGCCUCCAAGAACAUGGGAUCGUAAUCAACGUUCAGAAAUCAGAAUUCGGCAAGAGAUCAAUCGAAUUCCUCGGCCACUGCAUUUCAACCGACGGCAUAUCACCCCUGCCCGACAAGGUUAAGGCUAUUCACGAUUUUCCCCGCCCCGACUCUGUCAAGCAGCUCCGCCGUUUCUUGGGCUUAGUCAACUUCUACAGGCGUUUUGUUCCUUCUUCCGCUGUGCUGGUCCGCCCUCUUGAGACCCUCCUCAAGACACCCCGCCACUCAUCCAAAUUAACUUGGUGCUACGAGGCCGAAACUGCGUUUGACUCCGUCAAGGAAGCCUUGGCAGACUCAGUCAUGCUCGCCCAUCCCGUGCACGGCGCCCCGACGUCCUUGCUUGUCGAUGCGUCGAACAACGCUAUAGGCGCUGCGCUACAGCAAGAGGUCAACGGCACGAGAAGACCUCUUGCCUUUUUCUCACGCAAGCUAAACGAAACGCAGUCAAAGUACAGUGCGUUCGGCAAGGAGCUCCUAGCAGCCUAUUCCGCCGUUCGACACUUUCGGCAUUUUUUGGAAGGCCGCACUUUCACUAUCUGGUCCGACCACAAACCUCUCGUCGGCGCGUUCACUUCCUCAAGCCAGAAAUACAGUCCACGAGAGAUACGUCAUCUAGCCUUCAUCGCAGAGUUCUCAACAGACAUCCGCCACAUCAAAGGUGCGCUCAAUGUGGCCGCCGACGCGCUCAGUCGGAUACACUCCGUCUCCACCACUACCCCACUCACCUCUGACAUUAUCAUUCAAGAGCAGUCGGCCGACCCCGAGAUAGCCCAGCUCCGCGCCCGACGUUCCACCACCCGUCUGCGCACAUCAUCCUAUCACCCCGCAUGCAAUGGUUCGGUCGAGCGUUUCCAUCGUCACCUCAAGCAGGCCAUCAUGGCGAUAGACGGCCGCCAUACCUGGACGGACAAGCUCCCCUUGGUCCUUCUUGGCAUCAGGUCCGCCGUAAAAUCCGACCUCGGCUGUUCCUCAGCAGAGUUAGUCUACGGCGUUCCCCUACGCCUUCCGGGUGAGGUGUUCACUCCCACAGUCGACCCUCCUCCGGAUCCGUCCGCUUUCGUCACCGCCCUCCGCCAAGCUUUAGCUAGUCUUCAGUUCACCCCGACGCGCACCACUUCCGCAAAGACAUCUUUCGUGCCUUCCGAGCUCCACACUGCAUCACACGUUUUCCUGCGCACCGACCGGCUGCGUCGCGCCCUCGAGCCCCCCUACACCGGUCCUUACGUGGUCCUACGUCGAUCGCCCAAGACCUUUCUUCUCGACGUCCGCGGGCGAACCGAAUCUGUCACUGUGGAUCGUCUCAAGCCUGCAUUCUUCGAGCACGCACCCACAUCACUUCCCUCUGACAUCACCCCGUUCCCCCGCUCGGAGCCAUCGGCUGCGCCCAGUGCCAAGACAGUUUCUUGGGCGCCUGCACUCAUACCUGCCCUCCUUCGUUCCUCCGGAGGCCUGAAGGGGGGGAGCAGAUGUGGCGCCCCCGGCAGAUGA